AUGGUUGCCCUCCACCGUCCCACCGUCCACAGUGCCAGUCUCGUGGACCCUGCUCUCCACUCCCCCGCCUUGCUCGACUUGCUCGAGAUCAAGCUCUCCAGGUCCAUCAUCGAAUAUGUGGUCGAUUGCACCGCAGAUACCGUUAACUAUGCGAUGGGCCGUCCCUCGUCUUCACACCGGGGUCGCUCUGUCGCCCGCCACUCUGACUACACCCCGUUCACAACCUUCGUGACCAAAGUCCUCACUCGUGCAGAGGUAUCUAUCCCAACCCUCUUGGUCACCCUCGUAUACAUCAACCGUGCCAAGCCCCAUCUUCAAAUUGCCCUCGAGGAAUGGGCUUGUGAACGUGUCUUCCUUGGCGCUCUCAUAAUAGCUCACAAAUACCUUCAUGAUUCUACCCUCAAAAAUGUGCAAUGGGCGUUCUGCACCGGCGUUUUCGGAAAACGCGACACCGGUCGCAUCGAGCGCGAAUUUCUCCAAGUCUUGGACUUCGAGCUGUCUAUCUCCGAAGACGAUAUCUUAAGCCACCACGACUCCCUAUCUGUCAUUGCGCUCCCUGUAAACCGCUACAGGCACCAACGCCACUUGGCUCGCGCGCCCUCCACUCAUCCAGUUCAUCGUCAGAAUGACCACAGCGCCACUUGUCCCGAGUUGGCACCUUCUAGUCCCAAAUCCUCAUCCUCCGGAAGCUCGUCCUCGCCUUGCACCCCAGAACCAGUCGUAUUCACCGCCGAUGGCACGACACAUAAACCACCUGUUGAUCUGGUGGUUGCAGACGUACCUCCUCCGGUGCCACCGAAAACUGCUUCCACACUCGAUAUCUUGCGGGCUUUCCCUCCUCCCUCGAAUUCACAUUCACACAUGGCUCCACCACAAUCAGCAUCUUCAUACCUACAUAAACCUCGCCACCAUUCACGCUUCGCAGUAAAUUCUAUGACGCAGGCUACAGCGUAA